AACGUCGAUAUUUUGAUGUAUUUUUCACAUCUCUACCGGUGGUUGCGCGCGUGUCCCGCUUAAAUAAAUUCGAGAGGCGAGUUAUUGAUUUGAAAAAGUGCUGCUGAUCAAACAUGGUGAAUAAUUCUCUAUGGUUGAAACAACUGUGCUACCCCAAACGUCAGUUUACCAACUCGACACUUCUUAACUCCUAUUCAACAUAACAAGAAACUUAUUAUAAUUAAUUAUUAACAAACCAACACAACAAACAACACUAUCCACUUACUCAACAACAUCAACAACUUCGUUUAAUCUCGAAACGUAAACACAACAAUUGCUUAAGGAGUCAUCCAGGAGUUAAACGAAUACAAGUGGAGUUAAAUACUUCUCAGCAUUGAGCACUGGAUUCCAUCGAUAGCAGGAAUUAUUUCGCAAAGGAGGAGGAUUUUAAUUUGGAAUAUUGUUCGUUUCGUUUUCAUGUUUUGUCCAACCCAGGGUUAUUUGUAGGAUUUUAUUUAUUUAUUGCUUAACUUAAGGCAGAGCUGAUCCACAGCUGGGAAGAGAGAGGCUCCAAACCGAAGGGUUUAGUCAGAGGGAUAACAUUUCAGGGUAAUUAGUCAACUAAGUAUUGCACCUUCGCAGUUCCAAGCGGCGAGUUGUUCCCCCAUUUUCAUUAUGAAAAUAACGACAAUGAAGUUUAAGCGCAAAUAUGGCUGUUUAGAGAAUAUUUGAAAAGAAUUUCUCACUUAUUAACCAAUUUGUAUUUUUCGUUUCGACCCUCAUUUGUUACGUAGUCUUGUAUUUUAUAAGUUGUCAACAAUUGUUUUGCACAAUUCGAGUCAUCCAUCCACCCAGUUAAAUCCGCACCACCCAAACACAUACAGUUUUUGAGUUCAGUUUUUGAGUAGGGGAAGAGUAAUCAGUAUUUAGUUAGAGUUGAGAGGCAGUUUAGUGGUUUGCACCGAAAAGAGUUUUGGAUUACCUUCAACACCGAACCACAUUGUCGGCAACAUGGAGAGCUAUGCGCCGGAAUUACUGUGGAUGGUGGUCAUCGGGUUCCUGAUCGCCUUUGUCCUGGCUUUUGGAAUCGGUGCCAACGACGUGGCCAACUCCUUUGGCACCAGUGUGGGCUCUGGAGUUCUGACCAUACGGCAGGCAUGCGUUCUGGCCACCAUCUGCGAAAUAUCGGGUGCCGUUUUGAUUGGCUAUAAGGUCUCGGACACCAUGCGCAAGGGCAUCCUGGAAGUUGGUCUGUACGAGGGAUCCGAGGAAGUUCUGAUGCUGGGCUGCGUGGCUGCUUUGGCCAGUAGUGCCGUGUGGCUGCUGGUGGCCACUUUCUUGAAGCUGCCGAUAUCGGGAACACACAGCAUCGUGGGCUCCACCAUUGGAUUUUCCCUGGUGGCCCGUGGGGUCCAGGGCCUCAAGUGGUCCACUUUAGGCACCAUCGUGGGAUCGUGGUUUAUCUCGCCGGUGAUGAGCGGAGUUGUGAGCAUCCUGCUCUUCCUGGCCAUUCGCCGCUUCAUCCUUCGUGCCCAGGAGCCGCUCAAGGCGGGAUUCCGAUCGCUGCCGAUCUUCUACGGCGUGACGUUCUUCAUCAAUGUGAUCAGCGUGGUGCUGGACGGUCCCAAGCUGCUCUACAUGGACAACAUCCCCACGUGGAUAGCCCUGACCGCCAGUUUUGGUCUGUCUUUGCUGGUGGCCCUGCUUACGCAGUUGGUAAUAGUUCCUCUGCAGCGGCGCAAGAUUGCCAAGCGGUUACGGGCCGAGAACCCCGUCAAGUUCAACUUCGAGGACUCUGUGGAAUCCUCGCCGUCGGGCAGUCCCAAGAAGCAGCGCCGCCCGUUGUCGCUGGUCAGCGAAGGAAAACCACUGCCCGCCAUCGCGGAAAUUACCGAGCUGGUCUCGUUGAGCGACAAUUCGCCCAGGACCUUCAAGCUGGCUCCCUUCGGACUGGCGGCCAAGAACAACAACGCGCCCGGCGAGGAGUACAAGAUCGAUCCGCAGUUGAUCAAGAAGGCCGAGGACCUGCUGGGGAAGGCCAGCCUGGACAACACCGAUCUGACGAUCACCAGCCUGAAUUUCAUCGACGAGCAGCAGCAGCAGCAACAGCAGCAGCAGCAAAAUGGACGCAAGUUGCAGGAGUGCUUCAAGCGGAUGCAGUCGCCCAAGGAGGAACAAAAGCACAAGGCGAACCCCAUCGGAACGGACUUGGACACCGGCGCUACCAAGGCCAUCAACAACAACCUCCAAGUGGUGGAGAGCGCCGGCAGCCUUGAUCUGAUGAUCAGUUCCACACUGUCGCCCAACUCCAGCAAGGUUCCUCUGAUCGAGAGCAAGGAGGCUCUAAAUGAGCAGGAGGAGGAACUGAAGCGGGCAGCGGCCGGAGGACGAAGAACCAGCGGCCCGGAGGAGACCCAGGAGAUUUCAAUGCUCUUCUCGUUCCUGCAGAUCCUGACAGCCACCUUCGGCAGUUUCGCACACGGCGGCAAUGAUGUGAGCAACGCCAUCGGCCCACUGAUUGCACUCUAUAUGAUCUAUCGCGAGGGAUCGGUUAUGCAGCGGGCGGAAAGCCCCAUCUACAUUCUCAUCUACGGCGGCAUUGGUAUAUCCGUGGGUCUCUGGUUGUGGGGACGACGCGUCAUCGAGACCAUUGGCAAUGACCUCACCAAAAUCACUUCAUCGACUGGCUUUACCAUUGAAGUCGGAGCUGCCAUCACCGUACUGCUGGCCAGCAAAAUUGGCUUGCCCAUUUCGACCACUCAUUGCAAGGUCGGUUCGGUGGUUUUCGUGGGUCAUGUGAGUGCGGCGGGUCGCAAGAAGAGUCUGCCAAGGGAUCAGGAACAUCAGGCAGGAGUCGACAAGGAUGCCCCCAGCAAUGUCGCGCCCACGAUGGACGGCAGUGUCGAUUGGCAUCUCUUCCGGAACAUUGCCUACGCCUGGAUUGUGACGGUGCCGGUUACGGCUCUCCUCAGCGCCGGAAUGAUGUACGUGCUAUGUGCCCUUGCCGUGGACGACAUGGGUGGAGUGUAGAGAUGGGCCAGAGAUCGCCAUUCAAUUAUUAAUUGUAAUUGCAAAACCAAAAUAAUGUUUCGUAAUUGUACAAGUUGAAAAACACAAAACUUAAUAUUAAACACGCAAGAGGAAACUCGAGAAAAGUGAGAAAAUCUUAACUAAAUUACUCGCCUAACUACAACAUUGUACUUAGCUCAUAGAACGUCUCUGAGUCUAACUGAUAUUAAUAUUGUUUAAUAUGUGUACGCCAAGCAUGUCGUGAUUUGAUUUUAUAUUUAUACACUCCGAUUUGUGUUUGUAUCAGGAAUGCACUUUAUUUCUAAUGCAUUUGAAAUUCUUUUGUAGAUUUAAUCCGAAACCACUCAAAUUAUUUUACACCACUCAAUAGAGCAGAGCAAAACACUUGAAUAAAAUACAAACUAUGUACAACAGAAAAUGUUUAUACGAUCUGGUCAUGACCAAUUUUUCGAUUUCUACAAUUUGUGUGUAAUUUUCGUUUUGAUUUCCUUUAGAUUUCGUUUACACGGUACAAUUGGUUUAAGGUUCGGUUAAAUACUAUUCAAAAACCUAACUUAUGAGGCUCUCCUGUCCGUUUAAAAUUUACAUUCCAUUGAGAGCCAAUUCGUAUAGUAUUUCACUAUGUAGAUAUAC